CAGUUGCAAGUCUACAACAAAACAAUCCACAAACUCAAAGUGAACUAAAGCUCUAAAGCAACUAAAGCAACUAAAGCAACUUAAGCAAUGGCAGGAAGCAACCCAAGCCUCGAUGAGAGAUACAACUUUGUAAAGCAAGCCGGAAAAGGCACCUAUGGGACCACCUGGAUUGCAGAGGACAAAACCACUGGAGAAACGGUGGCCAUUAAAGCUAUCAGCAAAACUAAUACCAGCAGAAACGACUUCAAGAGGGAGUUCAAGUACAGCAAGAGUGUCUCCAAGCACCCCAAUGUUAUCACUACUCACAACACUGCCUUUGAGACCAAGACCUCCUAUGUAAUGGUGCAGGACUUUGCAGAGGGUGGAGAUCUGUUUGAUGCCAUAGAGCCUGAAGUCGGCCUCCCAGAGCACAAAGCAAGAAAAUACCUCUACCAAAUUGCAAAAGCAGUCAAUUAUGUGCACAGUCAAAACUUGAUCCACAGAGAUAUCAAGCCUGAGAACAUUGUGCUCGGUGAUCGCAAUGGAUCCUUUGUUCAAUUGAUUGAUUUUGGCAUGGCCCUCCGCACUGGCACUCACGUGUCUCGUGUUUCUGGAAGCAUCCCUUACACUUCUCCCGAGAUCUGCAAUGCUUCCAACGAGACCGGCUUCUUUGUGGACGCCUCGUGUGAUGUGUGGUCAGUGGGUGUUCUCCUCUUCUGUAUGCUCACCGGCAGCUUCCCCUGGGAACAGGCAACACUCUCAGACCCUAACUACCUCGAAUUCGUACAAUGGCAAAACGGAAUCACAAUCAAGCCCCCUCGAAUGUGGCAGAGCUUCUCCCCCAAACUUCUCUCUCUGUUCAAUCGCCUCUUGGCCAUGGACCCUCAAGAUCGAUGUGAGAUCACAGAUAUCUUCAAGUACAUCAACGAGCCGUGGUUCAACAACUCCACCAUUCCCCUCAGCGAUAGCCCCUGCACUGUCAAUUUCUUCCAGCAGCAGUUCAACAGUUACGAUGCUCUGAGUGCAGACUAUGUGCUCACUACCUCCAACGCCUUCCCUCACCUGACACCAGUCUCCGCCUACUAACUGAACCAACCGAACAAUCUCUAAUAAGAAUAUCUGAUCUCCCCAAGGAUUUCGAUUGAUUCGAGAACCGAUUUUCGAUUGAUUCGAGAAGUUGCUGGAACUGUUUGAGUGCACAGUUCCGAAGAUCACUGACUGAUUGUAACCAACAGCAACAGUCUAAGAGAACUAUUAGUCAACCUUUAUCAUUUGUUGUCAGUGCUGGCAUUGAGGAGGUUUAAUGUGUUUUUUGUACCUAAUCUUUUAUCUUUACAAUUAAUGUACUACAAUAAUUAUUGUGAUUUUGAAAUGAAUAUUUUAAUCUAACAA